UCCAUCGAAAGGCGCAAACGCAUAACACGUCACGGAAAGCGUGGAACGCUCCAGCGUGGGGUUGAACACGCAAUAUUAACGGAAGCAGAACAUGAUUUUUCGCUUUUAAACGCCGCAACCUAACAAAAUAAGCCCUAAAACACCAAUGACCACAAUGCAAAGUUUAAUUUACGCGCUGUCAUGCUGUUGCAAAUAGUUGAAAAUGUGAUUUGCUAACAUUGAUAUUUUUCCGCGUUUAAUAUCGUCGUCCAGUUGCUGUUAUCUGAUCGCAAAGUCGGAUAUUCCGAUUUCCGCUCAUUUUGAACGUAACGUUGCGGGAUUUCACGGUUGACGUUUUUUUCCUUUUUUGUUCUUGACAAAAUGUCGAGUUAGAUACAUAAUUCCACAUAUGCGUUGUCUUUUGUCCCUUUUGGCUUGUUUUGUCACUUUUUUUUUCGGUUCAAGUCAAACAAGUGACUGGAUUGGCUUGAGUCGAAUGCUGCUGAGUUGUUGUUUUUUUUUUUUUUGUUUUUUUUUUUUUUAAUGCAAUAUGGAUUCACGUGAGGUUGUACACAAAAAUGUCGCCCAGCCGAGAGUACCGGAACAUACUGAGCAGGUGUGUCCGAGAACUCUCGACCUCGGCAAGGUGAUCGGUCUGCUGGAAGACCCCCUGACAACCCACAUGCAGGAGAGGCAAAUAUUCGUGCUGAAGAAGCUGCUGAAGAGGAGAAAACGGGGCUUUCUGCUGAGGGAGCUGGCGAGCGUCUCCAGGAUCCUCGACGUCUGCGGUCAGAAGGCUGACGAGCGGCCGGAAUAUUGCAACAUUCUGUGCGAGGCGCUCCAAAUUUGUAGGCUUCCGUUCCUGAAGGAGAAGACGUCGGACGAGCUCCACUACGCCGAGGACGUCAAGCGGUUGCUCUCUCGCCUCGGUUACCUGAUGCGGGUGUCGGCCGGCGAGGUUCGGCGUCACGUGGUGGAGUCGGUCAAGUCUUACUACAGCUGCUCGCCGCCCGGCAAGGCGCCGCUGGACGGCCCUCAGCCGACGUCCCCCGGCUACCGACUUCAGCUCUUGGAGCGCAGCGACCUGGCCAAGACGCUCUUCCUGUCCCUGGCGGCGCUGGGGAAGCAGCCCGCCGUCAAGCUGCUGCUGCUGCAAACGCUUCAGAUGCUCUCCAGCACGUCCGACAUGAACUGCGCUUUGAUGCUGAGCGUGCGAGGGGCCGAGAGCGUUUGUCUGCGCAUGAACGAGGCGGACCCGACCGGACUGAUCCUGUUCCACUCCUCGGAAAUCCUCUGGAACCUUCUGGAGCGGGGCGACAAGUCUGAGGUGGCCGCCCAGCUCGGCAGCUUGGAAUGCGCCAUCUCUCUAAAAGAAGCCUUCACCCGCGUCGCGCUGAACGCUUCCCGACACGCCGACCUGCAAGUCCGCAACGAUCUGCUGGUGCUCACCACCCUCUUCGCCGAGAACUCCUGCGCUCUGCUGAUCGAGAGCCUCUUUGCCAAGCAGCUCGUCGGGCUCAGCACAUUUCCUGAACUGAAGAACGGGAACCCUUUCGCGGUCGAGCUGAAGCUGACGUACAACAUGGAGGACUUGCAAAUGAAGAAGCUGCUGUUAAAUCUGCUGGUUGUGAUGUCCGGAGAUCCCGCGAGCCUCCAGAUCUUCAGGGAGGAACAAGUGAUACUGGCCCUGCUGACCCUGGCCAAGGCACCCGCCGAACCCUCGGAGGCGAAGCCGGGAUCUCGCCACUGGUCGUCCGUCCAGCUGGAGGAGCUCCAGUUGCAGGCUCUGGCAGUCCUCUCCACCGUGGCUCCGCUGGUGCUGGACCACUACAUGUCCUGCUAUGGCAAUGUGGCCCUGCUGGACCUGCUGGAUUGGUGCGCAAGCCCAGACGCCUUCUCCGGCCAAGGUCACAGCUUCCAUGCCACUGGAGGCCGAGGCAGCAAGAAGGCGCACAUGCGCUACUGCGUCAGACUGUUGAGAUCUGUCACCUCGCUGGCUCACAAGACCCUCAACCAAGACCUGUGCGACCAGGGGACCAUACACAUACUUCUAGGCCUUCUGAUGCAGAUGGAGUCGAACCCUGGUGAGGAGGACUCGAUUACCGUGGAGAUGAAGUCAGACAUGCAGAUCAUCCUGGCGGCUCUGUGUGAGGGCGACAUGCACAAAAAAGAGCUGUUUGGCGCCGAGGGCGUGGAAAUGACCAUCCACUUCCUGAGGAGAGGCGCCGGCAUGUUCUACAGCGGCCUUGGACACAACAAGCUUCUUCUGUCAACUAUGGUGUGCUUGCGCACCUGCAUCGUGGGCUGCUACACCACAGAGGAUUGGUUCUUAGCCCGUGACGGCGUGCUGAUUCUACUCGACCUACUCAGUUCGAGUCCAAAGUGUGUGCACGGCGUGGUUCUGGCCACCCUGCUGGAACUGUGCGACAACCAGAACACAAUUCCUCACAUCCUGAGGUGGAGCGACAGCGCCGGCCGAAUGGCUCCGAGUCUCCUCCUGAGAGUUUGGCGGCGGGAGGAAGAGGAGCUGGGAGUCGCCCGAAACCAACACGGCGGGAUCUCAGAUCCCAGGCAGCCCGUCCUGGCUCCUCGCAAGUUGGCGGACGCAGACCUGAUGUCAACUCUGGACACGCAGAGUGCUGCCGUGCUAGAGAUGCGAGAGAACCCGAUGUCCAAGAUUUACUUGAUCUUCUGCAGAAUCGGUUUCCAGGACCUUCCAGGAUUGUCCGUAAGAGACAGAGUGACCUUGAGUAUCAUCAAAAGGUACCUUGACUUCAAGGUGAGCGAGGUGUGGGACGAGAUCAGCCGCGAGCUGAGCCUGGAGGGCGUCCGGCCCGUCACGCCGGACCUCGAGACCCUGCGCGCCGCCCGGCAGAUAUCGCAGCGCACGGCCGAGGCGGUGGCCGCCGAGCAGGAAGAAGUCUUGCGGCAAUACAACGAGGAGGCCUGCAAGGAAGAGCGACUUAUUUAUCAAGAGAUGAAAUCUCACUGGAAGCAACGUCAGCUCACAGCCAAGUCGUGGAGCAGCUUCGUCUCCAAGACGUCCAACUACGACAUCCUCAAGGAAAUCAAACUAGAGCGGGAGAAACACGUGGAGUCCAUCAGGACCGGGCCGGCGGACCGGCACCCCCAAGAGGUUUUUAUCGGGCGGCUCAAGGUGGCCGCGGACGGCGUCAACCUGACGGUGUCCCAAACGCCCGUCACGGCGGCGGCGCACCAGGAAGCCUUGCUGGCCUGGCGUCAGCCGCACUACUUCCUCUAAAAGAGCCACGCCUGUUCUUCUUCUUUUGUAUCGAACGUGACCGAAUUGCUGGAUUCAAACUCAUCGGUAGAGUUUAAAAUUUGCGAUGCCAUUUGAAGUGACUUCCUUUGAGUAUGUACAUUGAUUACUAAUUGCUGAAAUAUGUGACUGUCUGAUUAUUUUCAACAAAAAGAGGACAUGGUUGCGCAGAAAAGGCUUGGAAAAAUGCGCAAAUUUUACAAGCUCAGCAACCCUGGAGCGAUGCAAAGCACUGCGACUUUAAAAGUUCAGUUCAGCGUCGUUUGAUUUUGAACCUCCAAUAAAAUAAAAAACAAAAAAAGUAAGAUUGUACAACAAUAUUGACAGGCAUAUAUUCUUUAUCCUUUGUGAAGAACAAAUUGUAUCACUGCACUUUACAAAGCAAUUGGGACCAUCUCCUUCAUGUAGACAUGCGUGUGCGUGUGUGUGUGUAUAUAUAAAAUAUGGAUUAUACUGCCCUCACGUGGUCGAGUCACAUACAACAGAAGGCAGCAUGAUGUCUGUUGAAGUGAUGCAAAGAAAUGAAGAAAAAAAUGGAUUUUUUUUACAUUCUAAUGAAUUGCAUUGACUGAAUGUUUUUUAAGAUGCCAAUAUUGUAAUUAAUAUUAAUAAAGUGUUGAUAAUUUA